AUGCGACGUGCAAACUGGGAAGUGCACAGAGUCGAAAAAGUUUUCUUAUACGUUGUCGAAAACGAGGCAUUUUCCCGUCGCAUAUUAGCAAUACGUUCCGAUGUAUCUUUCAGUUACUGGAGUCAAACAGUCCCUAUCUGAAUGAGCUUAACAGAUGUGUUAACAAAUUCAAGAAAACGUUACUAAACAUUGAAAUCAAACAAACAUACUUCACACUCCGUUCCAUACAACAUGAAAUUCAAUCCACGAAACACCAAAUAACAGCUGCCGUUCCGGAAAAUAUCCGCAAUUCAUUCUUCCAAUCACAAGACAGGUUCCACCAGUCAAAUCUGGAAGCCCGAUCCACCACCACUAAGAAGAAAUUCGACGCCAUGCUCCAAAAGAUAACUGCUGACACUCCCAUACCCAAAUUUCAAGAUAAGGCCAUUCUCAACGGUACACACAAACAAAUACCCAACGAAACAGCUAUCAUCCUCAGCCUGGGCCCAAAAUUUGCAUUACCGUAUCAACACGUCCAAGAAAUACCACUGUUCCACCUUAUUGCCGAUAUUGAAGCAGUCCUCCAGACAAAUCCCAACGAACGUAUCCAGAAUAACAACCGAUGUACGAUCGUCAAUAACAUGCAAAACCACAUUAACCGUCUGCAACAGUCCACGAGCAACAAUCCACUGGAGCGUUUUUGCAAUUCAGCUACCAAAAUAACACGCAAAUUUUUGAAAGAGAAUCCUGACAUAGCAGUUCUACAAUCAGACAAAGGUAACAAAACAGUACUAAUGACCACUGCGGACUACCAAACCAGAAUGUUCUCACUACUCAACGAUACUCACACAUAUCUCAAGAUAGACCGUGAUCCAACCCUAAAAUUCCAAAAACAGAACAACAGUUUAGUUCAAAGGCUCAAACAACUAAAACUCGUUGACCCCAAAACUGCAAGUCAACUAACAACGUACAAAGCAUCUUGUCCAAGAAUUUAUGGCCAACCCAAAGCACACAAGCCAGGAUUACCUCUCCGACCGGUCGUUCCCAAUAUGACCGCCCCGUCGUACUGCCUCUCAAAGUUCAUUGGACAAAUUCUCAAAAGCUCCAUAUCAACAACAUACAACAUAAAGGACUCAUUCACAUUCUGCGAAUACAUAAAUACAAUAACUCUUCCACCGGAUUAUAUUUUAGUGUCUUUCGACGUUGUAUCACUAUUUACAUGUAUACCUAAAUCAUUGAUAACACACAAUAUCAUAUACAACUGGAACAAUAUCAAACAACACACGAAUAUCAACCUUGACCUCCUAUUGGAAAUUGUCGAAUUUUGCAUAGAUUCCAGUUACUUCAAAUUCGACGACAAAUACUACCGACAAAUCUUUGGAACAGCUAUGGGAAACCCUCUAUCACCCGUUCUAGCCGACCUCGUUCUAGAAGGACUAUUAGACACAACCAUUACAAAACUAAGUUUCAAACCACCAAUUCUCAAAAAAUAUGUAGACGAUUUCAUAAUGGCUAUACCUCUCAACAAACUCAAACAAGUGCACGAUAUCCUCAAUAACUAUGACAAACAUAUACAGUUCACCUAUGAAUUGGAAGAAAAUCGCAGAUUACCAUAUCUCGACAUGGUACUAGUACGCACGGAAAACCAAGAGAUACGUACUGAGUGGUAUUCCAAACCCAUAGCAAGUGGACGUUUUCUUAACUUCCACUCAUACCAUUCAUACCAGCAAAAAAUCAACGUGGCAAAAAACUUUAUCAGCAGAGUGGAAAAACUAUCUACCAAUCUCAACAGACCGGAGCAAAUCCAAAUCAUGGACAAAUAUUUAAAACAAAACGACUACCCAAAGUCGCUGCGAAACAGAUUGAUUAACAAUAACAAAACACGCGCAAUACCUACCACACAACUUUCCAAUCCUGAUGAAAACCUGAAACAUACUUACCGGUCACUUCCAAACAUACCGUCAUUGACGCAUAAAAUAGCAAAAACCCUAAAAAGAGACUACCCGGAUGUCUCACUAGCUUUUCGCAACAUCAAAACAGUAGCAAAUCUUUUCAGCAAGGUCAAAGAUAGCAUACCGCAGGAUAAUUUGAGCAAUGUGAUAUACAGCAUACCAUGCCAAAACUGCCCAUCAUCAUAUGUGGGCAUGACUUCUAACAUGCUUAAAACAAGGAUAGCUGCACACCGCUCAAACAUAAAAAAGCUUAACUUACUCAGGGAAGCAGGACACACCAGUGAAGACAUCCAGAUAGUCGAACUAAAACAAAAAACAGCUCUCCUCGAACACAGCAUUACACAUCAUCAUAACUUCGAUGUAAACAAGGUGAAGAUACUCGAUCAACAUAACCGAACGACAGCUCUUCCUAUAUUGGAAAUGUGUCAUAUCAUCAACCAGCAAAAAACUGUAAACAAACGCACAGAUACCGACGGACUUAGUUGUAUAUAUGCAGGAAUUCUACAAACACUACAUAAUAGAAACUAUAAAACUGACAACACUUACACUACCGAUACUACCAUACGCACGAUUAUAGCAAACACUCAACAACCGUCAAGUUCAGUACAGUUACCAGAUCGAAUAUAGCGCUUUUUCCCUCGUUUCUUUACCCGCGAAACAGAAUCGUUUCAAACGCAGAAAAAUUUCGAAAAAUACAGUAGGUGCAUGAAUAUGCGAACAAUAGCACUAUCAGAUGACGCGUAUACAUUAGGACAGUUCAUGUUUUACCACAACAUUACACUUUACAAGAAAACACAAAGUUUUUGUAAGUAAAAUUAUUUAUGUACUUCAGUAACUACCAAGAGCUAUACAUUUUUAGAAUCCUUGAUAAAGGUGGAAUAAAUCCAUUGAAACGUUGGAAGUAAAAGCAAUAUUGUUGUUUUCGCUGUCUAAUUUAUGACUGAUUAGCCGAAAAAACUCCUGAUAAUAGAAGCUCGACAGUCAAGAAGACAUUCAUAAUGAUACAUACGGCACCAAGACGAAGCGUCAAUUUCUACGAUAGCAUUGGGAACACUUAUGGAACUGAGGUACAAACGCUAUUUAAAACCCUAGCUAAUGCGACGUGCAAACUGGGAAGUGCACAGAGUCGAAAAAGUUUUCUUAUACGUUGUCGAAAACGAGGCAUUUUCCCGUCGCAUAUUAGCAAUACGUUCCGAUGUAUCUUUCAGUUACUGGAGUCAAACAGUCCCUAUCUGAAUGAGCUUAA